CCUGAGUUUAAGAAGUAUCUAUAGAUAAAAUGGCUACAGAUAUUAUUGUUGAGCUACAGCAACAGAGAGAUUCCCUAAAAUCUAAUCUUCAAGAUGUGGAUGAGAGCAUCAAGAAGUUGACAGGACGAGAUCCAGCAGAGAGUAGAAGAAUGUCGACUAAUCGAAGAAUCCCUUUAAAAAGGAAUUCUUUUGGUAGGCCAGGUAGCGAUCAACCACCAAUAAAACGUAUGUCUACAGAAAGAAGAAGGUGGGGAACAACAUCGUUCUCUGAAAGGAAUAGAUUGGACAGUGGAGGAGAAGAAGAAGAAGAAAAAAAGCCUGCUGUUCAUUCCUCUGUGGUUGCUACCGGUAAACCAAUUGAACCCCUUCAAAGACCUGCUACUGAAGAUAAAGAAACCAAAAGCAGAAACAGACGCAUGUUUGGUCUUCUUGUUGGUACAUUGAAACAGUUCAAACGUGAAAGUCAAGUGAAAACAGAACAGGAAGCAAAACAAGAAGAGAAACUCUCAAAAGUUGAAGAACAGGUCCAAAAAGACAAGCAAGAUGCACUCAAUGAACGAAGAGAACUCUACCAAACAAAGAGAGACAAACAGCAGGAGCUCAGAAAGAUUGAGUUCAAGUUAGAAAUGGCGGAAUUAAGUGUUGAAAUGAAAGCUCAUUAUGAAAAGUUCAAAGAUUUUAUACAGUUAAAGUCGACACCAAGAGUGUUUUACAAACCUGCUAUUCACAAUGAAAAGACAGAGAAGCUUUUAGAAGAGUCCAAGGAAACUAUGUCAGAAUCGCUUGAACAACGUUUAAAAGAAAUAGAGAUGUGCAAUGAGGAGGAUACAAGGAUGAAUUCAAGGCAUUCUUCAUUUCGCAAUGGUAGACUUGCUGGUAAGACUGCAAGAGAUCCAAUUGUUAUAGACCCUGUUCCAACAAAACGUGACUUAUUUGCUGAAGAUGCAGACAAUGAUAAACGAGAAGAAGAAUUGGUAAAGCAUGAUGAAAGUAUGGAAGCUGAAAAAGAAAAUGUUGAUGCUGAUAAUAAAGAGGCAGGUGUCGAUGAGGGUAAAGUGGUCAUUCAAAAUGAAACAGAGGGUACUUCCACUAAUUUAAAAGACGUACAGGACGAAUUUUCCACAGUUACUGUUGAAGAAGUAAAAGAUGAGAGGCGGGUAGUUUCUAAUACUUAUGAUGUUGUUGAUGAGCGGGUUGUUAAACUGAGUACUGAUCCCACUACAACCAAAGAUAAUGAUGAAAAGGAGGUAGUUGCAUCGGAGAUGGAUGAUGAUGUCAAUAUCUACGGUGAUGUGCCUCAAGAGUUAGAUUUAUUUCAGUCAGAGGGUGUAGUCUAGACCAAAAAACAGGUAGUAUAAGAAGGAUAAGGAUUAGGGUCUUCUCAAAAGUCCACACUGACAUUGUGUGUCCCUUGGUUAAAAAGCUGUAAAUCUGUGGACCUUUUGGCAUAUGGAAAUACACAUAGUUAAAUCAGCUAUCUGCAGAAGUUCGCCUUUUUUUAUUUUACGUGUAUUUUUUUUUUUUUUUGCUUGUUUUACAACAUUUUUAUGUCUCUAAGUUUUUAGAAGGUAUUUUGAGAAAUAUUAAAUGGUUAUUUCAUUUGCAUGAACCUUAAAAAGCAUAGCUUGGAAAUGCAGGGUGGAACCUGACAAGUAGUUAAUACCACCGCAAAAUUCAAGAAGCCACUACAGCAAUGUUGUAUAUUUGACGAUUUUAAAGAUAAAUUCACAUUUUUGAA